GCAUUCCUCGCUCGCUCCUUUUCGUUUCCUCGCCCAAGCCGCCUCGACUGAGCGCGUGACUGCCCGCGUGCGUGUGCCGGUCGCGUCCACGAAGCGACGAGGACGUAGCUCGGACUUUCUCCUUCCAAGUCAUGGCAGACCAGGCCUUUGUGACGCUGGCUACCAAUGACAGCUAUGCGAAGGGAGCCAUGGUCCUGGGGCAAUCCCUGCGCCGGCACAAAACCUCCAAAAAGCUGGCAGCCCUCGUCGGGCCCCAGGUGUCGGAACCGUGCCGGUCCGUACUGAGGAGGAUUUUCGACGAGGUUCGGCUGGUCGACGUGCUGGACAGCCGAGACGCGGCCCACCUGGCGCUGAUGAAAAGGCCCGAAUUGGGCGUCACUUUCACCAAACUCCAUUGCUGGACCCUCACGCACUACUCUAAAUGUGUCUUCAUGGAUGCGGACACUCUGGUGCUUUCGAAUAUAGACGAGCUCUUUGACCGAGAGGAACUGUCAGCCGCCCCGGAUCCCGGCUGGCCCGACUGCUUCAACUCGGGCGUGUUUGUUUAUCGUCCAUCUGUGGAGACUUAUGACAAACUGCUUCAGUACGGCACAGAAGAGGGCACCUUUGACGGGGGAGACCAGGGGCUUCUCAACGGGUUCUUCGGCGACUGGGCCACGGCUGACAUUUCAAAACAUCUCCCCUUCAUCUACAACCUCAGCAGCAUCGCCAUUUAUACCUAUUUACCAGCCUUCAAGCGCUACGGCAGCAAUGCCAAGGUGGUCCACUUCCUGGGGAAGACCAAACCGUGGAGCCACGGCUUGGAGGCAAAAACCAAAGCGAUCUCCGGGGGGGCGCACCCCUCCUUCCUCCUGGACUGGUGGGGUUUGUACUCCACCAGUGUGAUGCCAAUGCUGCAGGAGGAAUACGGGGACCAGCCCUUCCACACGGAAUGCGUCGAGGAGGCGGUGGAGGAGAGCCUGGCGUCCGUGGCCGCCGCCCUCCACCUGUCGCCGCCGCCGCAGCAGCACGAGCACCAGCAGCACCAGCAGCACCAGCAGGCGUCCUCAGAAGAACGCAAGCAGAAAUGGGAGCAAGGCCAGGCGGACUACAUGGGGACGGACUCCUUUGAUAAUAUCAAGACGAAGCUCGAUACUUUCCUCAAAUGAGGAGGGAACGAAAAGAACGCACUUAAACUUCUGUGACAGACAUACAAGUGCAUCACAAUACAUGAGAAUUUAUUUUGUAUAAAAGUUCAUUUCUCUCUCCAAUUUGAGAUUUAAAAAAUAAUUACAAUGAGCCCCACAUAUUCACAGGAUGGCAAAGACUUUUUUU